AUGAAGUCGCUGAUCUUAGCUCUCGUUUGCCUGCAGCUCUCUGAUGCUCUGAUGUACAGGGUUCCCUUGACUAAGGGGAAAUCUGCCCGGGAUACUCUUCGGGAGCAGGGAUUACUGGACGACUUCCUGAGGGAACAUUAUUCCGAUCCCUGCGCAAAGUUUGAUGGUCUCACCGGUGUGGCAUCCCUGUCAUCUACAGAACCAAUGAUCAACUUCCUGGACAUGUCUUAUUACGGAACAAUCAGCAUUGGUAAUCCUCCACAAAGCUUCACCGUCAUCUUUGACACUGGCUCAUCCAACCUCUGGGUCCCCUCUGUCUAUUGCAGCGAUGCUCCCUGCAGUAACCACACGAGAUUCUCCCCGUCCUCCUCCUCGACCUACCGUUCAAAUAACGAGCGCGUUGCCAUCCAAUACGGAACUGGGAGCAUGACGGGAAUAUUGGGAUACGACACACUGAGAGUUUCUGACAUCACCAUCCGCGGCCAGGAACUGGGUUUAAGUUUGACUGAACCUGGCGGAUUCUUCAACCAUGUCAAAUUUGACGGUAUCUUGGGCAUGGGCUACCAGUCUCUCUCUGCAGAGGGCGCCACCACUGUGCUACACAACAUGAUCUCUCAGCAAGUUAUCUCCGAGCCCCUCUUCUCCGUCUACUUGACCAGAGUGGAUGGUGAGUCAGGAAGUGAAAUCAUUUUUGGCGGUGUCGACCCCAGCCACUACCAAGGCUCAAUCAACUGGGUACCUGUCACACAUCAAGCUUACUGGCAGAUCGAGAUCCAAAGAGUGACUGUCAACGGGCAGGUGGUGGCUUGCAGUGAGGGUUGCCCCGCCAUUAUAGAUACCGGCACCUCCCUACUUGUUGGACCCACCAACGCCAUCACCAACAUCCAACAGGCAGUCGGAGCCACACCUGGUUCCUAUGGCCAGUACAACAUAAACUGCAAUGAUCUCAGCAGCAUGCCUGAUGUGGUCUUCACCAUCAAUGGACACGAUUUUACUCUUCCUGCUACUGCCUACGCACUCAAGUCCACCUACUACAACCAGGUUAGCUGCAUGAGCGGAUUUGGUGACACCGGCUCCAACCUCUGGAUUCUGGGCGACGUCUUCAUCGGCGAGUACUACUCCAUCUUCGACCGUGGAAACAACCGCGUGGGUCUGGCCAAGGCCGUUUAA